CCGCCCCACGCCAGCCACCCCAGCUCUGAGCCCUCACAGGGGCACAGCCCAGCUAGCCACCCGCAGCCCGCAGCGCAGGGUCGGGGCCACCGGCGACGGCCAGGGAGACCUGGAGCGGGGCAGGAGAGGCCGGUUGGGACCGUGAGGGAGCCAGGGCAGGACAGGGGCAGGAGUAAGAGAGGGCGAGGCGGACAGACGGAGACGGACGCAGGGAGGGGGAGAGAGAGCCACAGAGAGGGAGACAGAAGAGGGAAAGAGAGAGUCAGAAAAGGGGAGAGAGAGGGGAACGAAACCUGAAGGAGCCUGGGCCGACAAACAGGGGGGAAGCAGAAAGGCAGAGGGAGGGCCAGAGAGGGAGAGCAGGAGUGAGGGAGGGAGGAGAGGGGAAGAGGGGAGGGAGGGAGCGGGAGGCUAUAGGAGUUGAGCUGCGCCAGGAGGGCAAGCAGGAAACCGGGGGACAGGAGUCCUGUGACCUGCUGGGUGGAGGUGGCCCUUUCCCGAAGCGCAUCCGGAUCCCACGGGGGACCGGGCGGACCCAGCCUUGAGCUGGACCGGGAUGCAAAGCUGAACCCAGGCCCGGAGUGGACGCUCCCCCCGGCAUGGCCCCGACCUCGGCCCCAACAUCGCUCUGGACCUGCUGCCUCUGCUGUCUGCUGACCGGAGCCUCCUGGGCGGCCAGCUACCCGCCCCGUGGCUACAGCCUCUACACCGGGGGCGGCCCCCUCGGGCCUGGGGGGCCGCAGGGCCAGAGCCGGUCCCGUCCCGCCAGCCGACACAGGAACUGGUGCGCCUUUGUGGUCACGCGGACGGUGAGCUGUGUUCUGGAGGAUGGAGUGGAGACCAUUGUGAAACCUGACUACCAGCCCUGUGGCUGGGGGCAGCCCCAGUGUCCACGCAGCGUCACGUACCGGAGCUUUCUGCGCCCACGCUACCGUGUGGCCUACAAAACCGUGACGGACAUGGAGUGGCGGUGCUGCCAGGGCUUCAGCGGGGACGACUGCAGCCAGGGGCCGUCCUCUCCGGCCCAGGGCACCCAGCUGGCCACGUCCCGGCCCGCCUCCCACCCCCGCCCUGCCCACCCCAACCUCUCCGGAUCCAGCGCCGGCAGCCACCUCAGCGGACUGGGAGGAGAAGGCCCCAGAGAGUCGGAGAAGGUGCAGCAGCUGGAGGAGCAGGUGCAGGGCCUGGCCGAGGAGGUGCGGGGGCUGCAGGGGAUGCUGCAGGGGCUGAGCGGGCGGCUGGCGGAUGACGUGCGGCGGGCCGUGGAGACCGCCUUCAACGGGCGGCAGCAGCCGGCCGACGCGGCCGGCCCCCCGGCCGUGCGAGAGACCCUGAGCGAGAUCCAGCGCCGGCUGCAGCUGUUGGACAACCGCGUGUCCACGCACGACGAGGAGCUGGGCCACCUGAACAACGGAGGAGGGGCCCCGGGCCCCGGCCUCCCGCCGCCGGGCGAGGAGCUGCUGCGGGACCUGGAGCGCCGGCUGCGGGAGUCCUGCGCCGUCUGCCCGGACGGGCCGGGCGGCUUCCAGGGGCAGCGGGAGGAGGAGCGGGAGCGCGGCCGGGCGCUGGAGAAGCGGCUGAACUCCGUGGAGCAGCAGCAGCGGGAGGCGCUGGAGGGGCUCCGCCGGCAGCUGGCCGUCCUGGAGGGCCGCCGGCCGGCCGCUCGCCAGUGCUGCCCCCCGGACCUGGCCCGGCGGCUGGACGAGCUGCUGCGGGGGCCGGACCCGGUCACCCGGCCCGGCGGCCGGCGGGACGGCGGGCCGGGGGGCGCCGCCGGCCGGGGGGACCCACCGCCCCCGGGCCUGACCGGGCUGGCCGCCCGCCUGAGCCAGCUGGAGCGGAGGUUCGAUUCCACCCUGGGCCUCCUGGAGGAAGGAGGGGGAGCAGGAGGCGCGACCCCCGACGGGCUGGGCCGCCGCCUCCAGGCGGCCGAGGACCAGCUGGCCGGGCUGGAGCGGGCUCUGGCCGGCCUGAGCGGCGAGCCGGGCGGUCGGCUGGGGCAGUCGGGAGGGCGGGUGGAGGGGGCCGCCCGGGCCUGCGGGGAGCUCUGCCCCGGCACCCCCGCGCCCCGGGACGCCCAGAUCAGCGCCAUCCUCAGUGACCUGGAGGGCCGAGUGCUGGGCAACGAGGCCCGGCUGAAGGGGGCGGGCGCCCGCCUCGACGGGCUGGGGGCGAGCGGGGAGGACCUGCGGCGGGCCGUGGGCGGGCUGCGGGGGGACCUGGACCUGCUGCGGGGCCUGCUGGAGGUCCAGAGGGUGGGGGCCGGGGAGCUGGCCCUGCGCCUCAACCUCACCGGGGGCCGCUUGAGCUACCUGGAGGACGCCGUGGGGGCCGGCGGGGGCGGCUGCGGCGGCUGCGGGGAGCUGCGGGAGGAGCUGGGCCGCCUGCGGGACGGGGUGGAGCGCUGCGCCUGCCCUCUGCUCCCCCCCCGGGGCCCCGGGGCCGGCGGGGCCGGCGGCGGGGCCGGGGGCGGCCCGGCCCGGGGGCCCCUGGACGGGUUCAGCGUGUUCGGGGGCAGCUCGGGGGCGGCCCUGCGGGCCCUGCAGGGAGAGCUCUCCGAGGUCAUCCUCACCUUCAGCUCCCUCAACGACUCCGUGCGGGAGCUGCAGGCCGUGGUGGAGGGCCAGGGGGCCGACCUGGCCGACCUGGGGGCCACCAAGGACCGCAUCAUCUCGGAGAUCAACCGGCUGCAGCAGGAGGCCACGGAGCACGCGGCCGAGAGCGAGGAGCGCCUCCGGGGCCCGGAGGCGGGCCGGGGCCUGGAGGGGCGGCUGACCCGGCUGGAGGGCGUGUGCGAGCGGCUGGACGCGGUGGCCGGGGGGCUGCGGGGCCUGCGGGAGGGCCUGGCGGGCCACGUGGCCGGGCUCCGGGAGGGGCUGCGGGAGGCCAACGGCACCGGCCGGGAGCACGCGGCCCUGCUGGAGAAGCUGCUGGGCGGGCAGGCCGGCCUAGGCCGCAGGCUGGGCCUCCUCAACGGCUCCCUGCUCGCCCUCGAGGACCGGCUGCACCGGUUCGGCCGGAUCGAUCGCACCGGACCAGCGGGUGAGAUGGGGCCCCCGGGCCCCCCCGGGGAGCGGGGCCCACCCGGCCCCGUGGGACCCUCCGGCCCCCCCGGCGUAGAUGGGAGAGAAGGACCGGUCGGACCGCCGGGUCUCCGGGGAGAGCAGGGUGCGAUGGGCUCGGCGGCCCCGGUGUCCCGCGUGGCUUUCUCGGCGGCGCUGGGCUCGCCCCGCUCGGAACCCGGCACCGUUCCCUUCGACAAGGUCUUGCUCAACGAUGGCGACUCCUACGACCCCGGAACCGGCUUGUUCACGGCGCCGCGGUCCGGACGCUACCUGCUGAGCGCCGUGCUGACCGGACACCGGCGCGAGAAGGUGGAGGCCGUGCUCAGCCGCUCCAACCGGGGCGUCGCCCGCAUCGACUCCGGCGGCUACGAGCCCGAGGGCCUGGAGAACGAGCCCGUGGCCGAGAGGCGGCCCAGCCCGGGCGCCCUGGGCGUCUUCAGCCUGAUCCUGCCGCUGCGGGCCGGGGACACGGUCUGCGUCGACCUGGUCACGGGGCAGCUGGCGCACUCCGAGGAGCCGCUCACCGUCUUCAGCGGGGCCCUGCUCUACCUGGACCCGGACCCCGGACCCGCGUAGACCCCCCCCCCCCCGGGGUCGCCUGCACCCACCGAGAGCCGGGGAGGCCGUGGGAGUGAGGCCGCAGAAGGAGGCCGGGCCCCCCCCCCGGCCCCUGCGGACCCCGGGGCGGCCCCUCGCUGCGCCCAUCCACCCCGGGCUUUGGAGGAGCCGCCCCCGGGCCCACCCGGCGCCCGCCUCCGGUCUUCCCUCGGGGCGGCACCGCCGGCCGGGACGGACCCCCCGGCCGGGCCGCGCCCACGUCCCCUCCCCGCCGCUCCGCUAAACUAUUCUGGAAUAAAGUCACCUGGUUGUUGUUUUUUUAAAAAAU